CCCGGCCAGGAUCCACAAUGCGCCGCCUCGCGACCUGCGAACCACGGAAGAGGGGGACGAAUCAACACGUAAUCUCAAUCUCCUACAAGAAGUCAAUCGGCAUUAGCGUGAUGUAGGGCGAGAAACAUCAGUCCGAGGGAGAAGGGGAGAGAGAGAGAGAGAGAGAGAGAGAGAGACGAGCGAGGGAUUGCGUCACCGUGAGGACCGAGGAGAAGGGGCAAACAAUAGAGAGCGUGGAAACGACAGAAAAGUUUCCUCUCCCCAUUUUCUAUUUGUUUCUCUCUCUCUCUCACUGCUUCCUUUCUUUUUCGCUCCCGUCUCCAAAUCUACCGAGAUGGGCAUAUCCAUUCCUCUCUUUUCUCCGUGUUACCAAAUCACGAGAUCUUUCAGCUCUUCUCUCUCUUUCUCACUCACUCACGCACACACACACCCCUUCUUCUUUUAAGGAGUACGUCUUUGAGGCCUUUUGGGUUGUGUUGUGUUGUUGUAGCCUUCUGUCCGUCGGCUGUGGCCAUUACGGUUGUCAAAGCUAACGGCAUUAAUCCGUAAGAGAGACAGAGGGUGGGUGGUGAAAGAGGAGAUCCGAAGUGGUGGUCGCGAGGCUUUUGAUGUCACGUGCCGGCGAGACGAGCCGACCGGACCAGAAGGCAGGCUCGGGCUUGGCUGCGCCCGGGCAGGUCGAGCCGGUCGCCGACCGGUUUCAAGCGGCCCUCCGCAUGGAUGAGAACAAGCCCGACUUCCCUGACCUCGGAUCCCCUGUUUCCCCCCUUCGCCCCUGCCCCGCUAACAGCAGCAGCAGCUCCAGCUCCUCCGGCUCCGCCUCCGGCAAGGUCGCCCCGCUGCCCCACUCCCCUUCCGGCCCCGCCGCCCGGAGGCCCGCUGCUCCCGACCCGGAGCGGCGGAGCCACUACGGGGAGCUCUCCGGCGAGAUCAGCCAACACCAAUCUGGCUCCGGGCCACUAAUCUUCUCCGUCGGAGGCGGAUGCGGCGGUAGUAUCUGCACCGCGAGCUCUCCCAACACCAAUGUGCUACCUACCGGGAACAUCUACCCCUCGGGAAAGAUCGGAAAGACCGGGAUGAUGCCCAGGACGACUCCGAGGAGCGAUGUGCUCGGGUCGGGCACCGGGAACUACGGCCAUGGCAGUAUAAUGCGGGGUGGUAUGAGCGGUGGCGGAGCGGCCAGACCCAGUGGUGGUGCCGGCAUGGGGAAUUCGGUGGAUUCGACCACAAGGAGGGCGACCGGGAGAAUGGAUCCGCAGGAAGUGACGAGGGCAGGGAACGAGCACUACAAGAGGGGACAAUACGGGGAGGCGCUGGCGUUCUACGAUCGGGCGGUGGCCAUGUGCCCGGAGAAUGCUCCAUGCCGGAGUAAUCGUGCGGCGGCACUGAUGGGGCUCGGCAGGUUGAAGGAGGCGGUGAGAGAGUGCGAGGAGGCCGUCCGGUUGGAUCCCGCGAACGGGCGGGCGCACCAUCGGCUGGCAUGUCUAAAUCUAAGGUUAGGGCUAGUUGAGGAUGCGAGGAAGCAUCUCCUUUUAACUGGGCAGCCGCCUGACCCUGUUGAGUUGCAGAAGACUCAAGCGGUGGAGAGACAUUUGGUAAAAUGCGGAGAUGCCCGGAAGAUAGGAGACUGGAAGAGUGCAUUAAGAGAAGCUGAUGCAGCAAUUGCUGCAGGAGCAGACUCUUCUCCGCCGCUAAUUGCAUCGAGGGCGGAAGCUCUUCUGCACCUCCAACAUCCUGAUGAGGCUGAUUCAGUUCUUUCAAGAUCAUCUGAAUUCAAGGACUCACUCCCUUUCUCCUCAGCUACCAAGAUCUUUGGUAUGCUUUCCUCUUCCUAUUUCUACAUUGUUAGAGCGCAAGUUGAUAUGGCAAUGGGGAGGUUCGAUAAUGCAGUCACGGCAGCUGAAAAGGCCAGGAAGGUGGAUGCUAGGAAUGUAGAAGUGACAAUGGUCAUGAGCAAUGUGAGGUCAGUGGCAAGGGCUCGAGCUCAAGGAAAUGAGCUCUUUAAGUUGGGGAAUUUCGCAGAGGCCUGUGCAGCUUAUGGGGAAGGACUCAGGUACAAUACAUCAAAUUCGGUCCUUCUAUGCAACAGAGCAGCUUGCCGUUCUAAGCUCGGGCAGUGGCAGAAAUCUGUUGAUGACUGCAGUGAAGCUCUUAGAAUCCGACCCAAUUACACAAAGGCUCUUCUCAGACGAGCUGAUUCCUAUGCCAAGCUUGAGUGCUGGGCUGAAUGUGUCCGAGAUUAUGAAGUCCUGAGGAAGGAGCUUCCGCGGGACACUGAGGUGGCCGAAGCCUUAUUCCAUGCUCAGGUUGCAUUGAAAACAUGUCGCGGUGAAGAUGUCUCCAAUCUGAAGUUUGGUGGAGAGGUUGAGGAGGUCACUGGUGUAGAACAAUUCCGAGCAGCAAUAUCUUUUCCCGGAGCUUCUGUUGUCUACUUCAUGGUUGCUUCGAACCCACAAUGCACUGAGAUAACCCCAUCUGUUGAUGCACUCUGUAAUCGGUACCCAUCUGCAAAUUUUCUCAGGGUGGAUAUCAACCGGAGCCCUGAUGUUGCAAAGGCAGAGAAUGUGAAGAUAGUCCCGACGUUUAAGAUCUACAAGAACGGGACAAGAGUGAAGGAGAUGAUCUGUCCGAGCCAGCAGGUGUUAGAGUACUCGGUGAGGCACUACGGUCUUUAAGAUGAAUAAAGUGAUUCUUUUGAUGUGUCCUAGGGCGAGCCCCCACCUUUCUUCGAUGAUUCAAAAUUCAGCUCCCAUUUGAUCCAGCAAUUGAGCUGAAGCAUCAUUCCCCUUUUACUUUUGCUUUGUUUGAUCCCUCCAUUUGCGGAGUUCCAGGAUCAUCAUUUCCAUUAUCAUUUCCUUUUCUGGUUAGGCUAGGAUGUUCUUAUCUACCGAGAAAUCAAUCUCGUCUUCUCUAGACGCAUGUUUGUAGUAUCAAUUGGUGUCUGUGGAGGCCGGUUAAGAUUUAUUUCAUGUAUAUAAGUCAUAUAGAGAAAAGCAUCGGAAGCCACAGAGGUGGUAGUCGAUAAAAGGGAGGGAAAAGACGGGAUGUCAUUGAUGUUGUUGUGCUUCUGCCAUGCUGAUACAUGCUGCUGCCAUAUCUGUGAAAUAAAAGAAUUCUUUCUCGUUU